CGUAAGUUUCCCGUCAGGUAUAAAUACCAAGGGAGAACUGGCUCGCAGCAUAAUCCUUCUUCAGGAGCUCCAGAAGACACACAUUCAACGAUGAACUUCCUUCGCCCAGUCUUUGUGGUGGCCAUUGUUAUGGCUGUGGUCUGCUCAACCCUCGCCAUGCCUGGUGGAUUGGGCUAUGGAUUAGGUGGAUUCGGUGGAGGAUUGGGCGGAUUUGGUGGAGGAUUAGGAUAUGGUGGAGUCACUGUAGUCCGACCCGUAGUAAGCAGAGUCGUUACCGUUGGAGGAUUCGGAGGCCUUGGAGGACUUGGAGGAUUCGGAGGACGUUAUGGUGGCUAUGGAUGGUAACACUUCUUAAUAAAAAGAAAAUAAUCAUUAA